UUUGUGGCCGUUAUGGACGGAGGUGUUGCCCUCAACGUGCUCCACUGCCGACACCGCCAACAAGGAACUCCCUCCUCGAUGUGCUUGCAUCCGUGCUGUUGAUUUCCUUCCCGUUCCUCCCUUCUACCUUUGGCCUGGCAGUAACCACCAGCAGCGCACCAUUAUUAGGAUGAUAAUGGCUCUCCUUCCCCUUCCCUACCACUAGGGAAUGUAAUUGAUGCCAUCUUGGUUGUUACUGCAUCCUCCUCCAACCUCUCUCCCAGUCCCAGAUCUCAUCCGCUUCCUCCGUUGGCAUUGCACUGUUUCUUGGUCCUUGUCUCCUCAUGUGAUUUGGGGUGAAUCUUGGUUCUGGUGCUGCUUCUUUCUUUCGUUCUUGGCUGCUCGCAUUCUAGGGGUUUGAGGAGCGGAGAUGGGGGUUUUCAGCACCGUGCUUGGUUUCUUUGGGUUUGGGGUGGGGAUCACCCUGGGGCUUGUGAUUGGGUACUACCUGUUCAUCUAUUUCCAGCCCACCGAUGUGAAGCACCCUGUAAUUAGGCCACUUGUUGAACUCGAUACAAAAUCAUUGGAAGGCAUGCUUCCUGAGAUUCCCCAUUGGGUCAAAAGUCCAGACUUUGAUCGGAUUGACUGGCUGAACAAGUUUGUCGAGACUAUGUGGCCUUAUCUUGACAAGGCAAUAUGUAAAACUGCAAAGGAAAUCGCUACACCAAUUAUUGCUGAGAACUCAGCAAAGUAUACGAUCGAUUCAGUUGAAUUUGAGACAUUAACAUUAGGCUCAUUACCACCAACAUUUCAAGGGAUGAAGGUCUACACCACUGACGAACAAGAACUUAUAAUGGAACCGUCGAUAAAGUGGGCUGGCAAUCCUAAUAUCACUGUUGUAGUCAAAGCAUAUGGGCUAAAAGUAACUGCACAGGUAAUUGAUUUGCAAGUAUUUGCUCUACCACGCAUAACAUUGAAGCCACUGGUUCCAAGCUUUCCAUGUUUUGCCAAAAUACUCGUUUCACUCAUGGAGAAGCCACAUGUUGACUUUGGUCUGAAACUCCUUGGAGCAGAUCUCAUGGCAAUUCCAGGCCUUUAUGUAUUUGUUCAGGAAACUAUCAAGGCUCAGGUAGCAAAUAUGUACUUGUGGCCUAAAGUACUCGAGGUGCAAAUCAUGGAUCCUGCAAAAGCACAAAUGAAACCUGUCGGAAUUCUGCAUGUUAAUGUGCUACGGGCUGUUAAACUCACCAAGAAAGACUUGAUGGGCAAAUCGGAUCCGUAUGUGAAGUUAAAGCUAACAGAGGAAAAACUUCCAUCAAAGAAAACUUCAGUGAAGCGAAGCAACCUGAACCCUGAAUGGAAUGAGGAAUUCACAUUAGUUGUCAAAGACCCAGAAUCUCAGGCUCUGGAGCUUACGGUGUACGAUUGGGAGCAGGUUGGGAAGCAUGACAGGAUUGGAAUGAAUGUUAUCCCGCUAAAAGACCUUACGCCUGAGGAGACAAAAUCUAUUACACUUAACCUGCUCAAGACUAUGGAUGCAAAUGACCCAGCAAAUGAGAAGUUCCGGGGGCAGCUUACUGUUGAUGUAACAUAUAAGCCUUUCAAGGAAGGUGAUUCUGAUGUUGAUAUGAGUGACGAGUCCGGUGUCAUUGAAAAAGCUCCUGAUGGCACACCCGAAGGUGGUGGUUUGCUGGUUGUUAUUGUCCACGAAGCACAGGAUGUUGAAGGAAAGCACCACACCAAUCCGUAUGUAAGAAUUCUAUUUAGGGGUGAGGAAAAGAAGACAAAGCAUAUUAAAAAGAAUAGAGAUCCGCGUUGGGAAGAACAAUUUGAGUUCGUGUGUGAGGAGCCACCUAUAAAUGAUAAAAUGCAAGUUGAAGUCAUUAGCAGGCCAUCAAGUCUUGGCAUACAUUCCAAGGAAAAUCUUGGCUAUGUUGUCAUCAGUCUCGCUGAUGUUAUAAACAACAGGAGGAUCAAUGAGAAAUACCAUUUAAUUGACUCAAAAAAUGGCCGCAUUCAAUUGGAAUUGCAGUGGAAAACAUCCUAGAAGACCUCAGGGCUGAAGCCGCGGACUUGUAAAGUUUGUCUUGAUUAGAAGCUUUCCACACUAGUAUGUAUCAAGCAAGCAUUUCCAGACACCCUUUUUACUUAAUUGUAAUUGCUUCAAAAUUAAACAUUCCAAUCCUUGUUCAAGACUUCCUCAUUUACAGUUUUAGAAAAUAUGGUUCUGAACAGAAAUCAGCAGGUCUGCAUAUCAUGGAAUUGAUAUUCUGCAAAAGAAUCAACAAAAUUUGAGUGAUUA